UCAAAUGACCUUUAAACUUUAUUUUGAUUUUAUUACACCUUUUAAUCAAGAUAAUAAACAUAUUCACGAUAAAACAAAGCAAAAUUCAACCAGGAUAUUGAUUUGCUUAAAAGGUAAAGCUAUGAAAGUUUUAAAAGAGUGGACAAUCGAAGCACCAUGGGGAAAAAUGGCAAUGAUAUCUUGGGGCAACGAGACAGGUCCUCCGGUGCUAUUAGUACAUGGACGGCAGGACAGUGCUGCCACCUUCGAGCCACUUCUACAGUUGUUGCCGGACACAUAUCAUUACGUGGCUUUUGAUCUGCCGGGGCAUGGCCGUUCUGAUCCUUUCCCUCCAGGAUUAGUACCGACGAGACUGAACUAUGUGGGCGCUUUACAAGUAGCAGUGUGGCAUCUACGCUGGAAGGAGUUCAUCUUUGUGGGACACUCCAUGGGGUGUGAGGGAGGUUUAUUCUUCAACGCGGUGUACCCUCACCGGAUAACGAAGCUGAUUCUCCUAGACCCGGGGCCAGCCAUAACCCGUCUACAAGUACAAGACCCUCAGGAGUACUUCGCUGCCUUCCACCAGAAGUACUAUGACAACUACCACACGUUCGCUCAGAAGAGAGUUUACAGUAAGCAGCGCGCUCUGGACGCAGUGAUGAAAGCGCGUGGCUUCACCGAGUCUCAAGCGGAACUCGCCCUGUCUCGAAAUAUGGUUAAAGUGGGAGAGGACCUCUAUGAGUUAACCUGGGACCGCCGUCUCCUCUGCCUCCCACCCCCUAAUUACCCCCCCUCCUACUACUACCAGCUAUUCUACUCCCCCACCCCCACCUUAUUAAUCGCCGCGCAACAAUGGCAGGGUGGCUACGCCAAUGGGAAAGAAGAGACAUUAAAGUUGAUCAGUGAUUUAGAGAAGAGUUUGGAGAAUUUUACUGUUUUGACGGUAGAGGGCGGGCAUGAUGUUCAUUUUACUAAUCCUGAGAGAUUUGUUAAAGAUUUUUGUCAGUUUUUGGAUAAGAAUUUUGAGAAGUCUAAACUGUAGAUGAUAUAAGUAGGGGUGGCUCCACAGAACUUAAUUUAGAUAGAAGAAACAAAUAUUAUAUUUGUAUAGGGGCCGAGCGUGUCAAAUUUUGUACUGGAGUUGAUUCUUGCCUGUAAUUUUAAAUAUGUCUCAGGCCCUUGAGUGUU